GAGACAAUAAUAGGAAACAAUAUAUUCCUAAUCCUAUACAAGGUAGGAGACAAUAAUAGGAAACAAUAUAUUUACAUUAAAUAUAGAAUAUAUUUAACAUGCUCCCGGCUACGUCGGAUGAGGAGGGGGUCUGAUACCCAGACUGGACUUAAACUCGAGGAAGAGUAGAGAAGGGAAGCUAUUAGACCCGAUACGUCAAUUCUUUUGUUGUGCGGACGGAGAAAGUCAUAUAUACAGUCAGUAUAUGACUGGAAUCACGGGAUUAGAAAAGGAAAGUAGAGUCAAAUUUUCAAGUGAGAACUUGGAGAAAUUUAGAUCGACCAGAGGCUGCUUCAAUCCAUCCCCCCCCACAGCACUCAUUGCCCAUCAAAUGAAACAAACAAACAAUAUAAUGCUCGUUCACCCUUUCCCAUGCCCGCAGCUGCCCAAUUGUUUCAUUAGAAAACUUAAUUGCUUCCGUUCAUAUUAUUAAUAUACAUCCCGAGUAUUCUGAUCGCCGGCCGGAAAUGGAUCGCCUGCCAAAAUGCGGGGCGAAUUAUGUGCCACUCACCCCCAUCACAUUCUUGAGAAGGGCAUCCAAGUGUUACGCCAACCGCACCUCCCUCAUCUACUCCGGCGGCGGCGUCCGCUUCACCUGGCGCCAGACCUACCUCCGCUGCCUCCGCCUCGCCUCCUCCCUCCGCCGCGCUCUCAAUGUCGUCAGGAACGACGUCGUUUCGGUGCUGGCCCCGAAUGUGCCUGCGACGUACGAGAUGCACUUCGCUGUCCCGAUGGCUGGGGCGGUGUUGAACACCGUCAACACCAGGCUGGACGCGAAGGGCAUCGCCGUCAUCCUCAAGCACUCCGAGGCCAAGGUCUUCUUCGUCGACUACGAGUACGUGGGCAAGGCGAGAGAGGCGUUGGAGCUGCUGGUGGCGGAGGAAAACACGCCGAUGCCCAUAGUGGUUCUCAUUGACGACAUCGCCUCCCCCACCGAGACCAGAUCAGGUGAGCUCGAGUACGAACAGUUAGUGUGCCAAGGUCGCGAGGAGGAGGAGGAGGCGGUCGCGGUAGGGGACGAAUGGGACGCGAUAACGCUGAGCUACACAUCGGGCACCACCUCGGAGCCCAAGGGGGUUGUGUACAGUCACAGGGGAGCCUUUCUGAGCACUCUGAGUAUGAUUUUGGGGUGGGAGAUGGGAACCCAACCCGUCUAUUUGUGGUCACUCCCCAUGUUUCACUGCAACGGGUGGACCUUCACCUGGGGGAUCGCCGCCCGCGGCGGGACUAAUGUCUGCAUCCGCACCACCGCCGCGAGAGAAAUGUACAAAGCCAUAUCGGAGCAUGGUGUAACCCACAUGUGUUGUGCCCCCAUCCUGUUUACCAUUCUACUGGAGGCACAACCACACGAGCGCCUUGAGCUGGUCUCUCCAGUCAACAUUCUGACUGGAGGAGCCCCGCCUCCACCGGCGCUCUUGGAAAGGAUCGAGGCCCUCGGGUUCCAUGUCGUGCACGCUUACGGCCUCACCGAGGCCACUGGACCUGCCAUGGUCUGCGAGUGGCAGGGGAAGUGGGACCGGUUGCCCGUAGAGGAGCAGGCGGAACUGAAGGGGAGACAAGGGAUCAGCAUCCUCACGCUCGCGGAUGCCGAUGUGGUCCGAGAUCUCAAAAGCAUGGAGAGGGUCCCGCGCGACGGGCGGAGCAUGGGCGAAAUCGUCCUCCGGGGAAGCAGCAUCAUGAAGGGCUACUUCAAGAACGAAAAGGCCAACUCCGAGGCCUUCAGAGACGGGUGGUUCGUCACGGGAGACGUCGGGGUCAUCCACCCGGACGGCUACCUGGAAAUCAAAGACCGGUCCAAAGACGUGAUCAUCUCCGGCGGGGAGAACAUCAGCAGCGUCCAAGUGGAGAACGCGAUCAUGAAGCACCCGGGGGUCUGCGAAGUCUCGGUAGUAGCCAUGCCGCACCCGAGGUGGGGGGAGAGCCCGUGCGCCUUCGUGGUCCGGAGAGCCGCGGCCAAUGCGACGAGCGAAGGCGACAUCAUCGCCCAUUGCCGGAAAACUCUGCCCGGAUACAUGGUGCCAAAGAAGGUCCAGUUCGUGAGGGAACUGCCAAAGACGUCCACAGGGAAAGUUCAAAAGCAUUUGCUCCGGGAGACGGCGAAGAUGUUGGCGGGAACGAGCAGGGGUGAUGAGCCACCACCACCACCACCACAUGGUCCGAGUAAUAAUUACCAUCUUCUUCCGGACCAAAUCCUCGUCCUCUCCCGUUUAUGAAUAACCAAUGUCUAGAUAGAUUCACUCAAAUCCAAAAUUAGAUUUUGGUCUUUAAGUUUUUUCACAUCGCUCUCUCUAAAUUGAGCUAUUUAAUCAUUGGUUCGAGAAUUCCAAAUGGGAGGUCAUUAAAGGGUUAUGGCUUCC